GGCUGGCUCCGCGGCGGCAGCGGCGGCGGUCGUGGCUGUGGCCGGGGGAAGUGAAUGGUUUUACCCACAGGGCCCUGCGCCGCCUUUCUCUGCUGGCACCGGCGCCUCUCCCCGCUCCUCCUCCCCAGCCAUGGCGUUCACGUUCGCGGCCUUCUGCUACAUGCUGGCGCUGCUGCUCACUGCCGCGCUCAUCUUCUUCGCUAUUUGGCACAUUAUAGCAUUUGAUGAGCUGAAGACUGAUUACAAGAAUCCUAUAGACCAGUGUAAUACCCUGAAUCCCACAGUUGAAAAGGUCAAAAAGAUUAAAAGAGUCAAAAUUGCAUUAAAGCUUGUACUCCCAGAGUACCUCAUCCACGCUUUCUUCUGUGUCAUGUUUCUUUGUGCAGCAGAGUGGCUUACACUGGGUCUCAAUAUGCCCCUCUUGGCAUAUCAUAUUUGGAGGUAUAUGAGUAGACCAGUGAUGAGUGGCCCAGGACUCUAUGACCCUACAACCAUCAUGAAUGCAGAUAUUCUAGCAUAUUGUCAGAAGGAAGGAUGGUGCAAAUUAGCUUUUUAUCUUCUAGCAUUUUUUUACUACCUAUACGGCAUGAUCUAUGUUUUGGUGAGCUCUUAGAACAACACACAGAAGAAUUGGUCCAGUUAAGUGCAUGCAAAAAGCCACCAAAUGAAGGGAUUCUAUCCAGCAAGAUCCUGUGGAAUCUGAUCAGUUACUUUAAAAAAUGACUCCUUAUUUUUUAAAUGUUUCCACAUUUUUUGCUUGUGGAAAGACUGUUUUCAUAUGUUAUACUCGGAUAAAGAUUUUAAAUGGUAUUACGUAUAAAUUAAUAUAAAAUGAUUACCUCUGGUGUUGACAGGUUUGAACUUGCACUUCUUAAGGAACAGCCAUAAUCCUCUGAAUGAUGCGUUAAUUACCGACUGUCCUAGUACAUUGGAAGCUUUUGUUUAUAGGAACUUGUAGGGCUCAUUUUGGUUUCACUGAAACAGUAUCUAAUUAUAAAUUAGCUGUAGAUAUCAGGUGCUUCUGAUGAACUGAAAAUGUAUAUCUGACUAGUGGGAAACUUCAUGGGUUUCCUCAUCUGUCAUGUAGAUGAUUAUAUAUGGAUACAUUUACAAAGAUACAAAGUGGGAAUUUUCCCUUCGCUUGAAUAUUAUCCCUGUAUAUUGCAUGAAUGAGAGAUUUCCCAUAUUUCCAUCAGAGUAAUAAAUAUACUUGCUUUAAUUCUUAAGCAUAAGUAAACAUGAUAUAAAAAUAUAUGCUGAAUUACUUGUGAAGAAUGCAUUUAAAGCUAUUUUAAAUGUGUUUUUAUUUGUAAGACAUUACUUACUAAGAAAUUGGUUAUUAUGCUUACUGUUCUAAUCUGGUGGUAAAGGUAUUCUUAAGAAUUUGCAGGUACUUCACAUUUUCAAAACAAUGAGAGAAAAUUGUAUAACCAUCCUGCUGUUCCUGUAGUGCAAUACAAUAAAACUCUGAAAUUAAGACUCA